AGUAGUCACGCCCUCGGCACCGCCCACUGCUCCCUCGCUAACAGGCUCGCUCCCCAGACCCAGAGCGCCGCGGCUGUCUGCUGGGCUCCCGGAGACGCGGACCACCUUCGGUGUCCCCGCGCCGUCCUCCCCGCGCCGCUUGGCCCGCCGCCUCGAGCGCCCUCAGCCCCUCAAGCCAGAUGAUGAACUUCCUGAGGCGCCGGCUGUCGGACAGCAGCUUCAUCGCCAACCUGCCCAAUGGCUACAUGACUGACCUUCAGCGCCCGGAGCCGCAGCAGCCCCCUCCUGCCCCUGGCCCCGGUGCCGCUACGGCGUCGGCGGCCACCUCAGCUGCCUCGCCCGGUCCCGAGCGCAGGCCGCCACCCGCCCAGGCACCCGCGCCGCAGCCGGCGCCGCAGCCCGCGCCGACGCCGUCGGUGGGCAGCAGCUUCUUCAGCUCGCUGUCGCAAGCGGUGAAGCAGACGGCCGCCUCCGCCGGCCUGGUGGACGCGCCCGCACCUUCGGCCGCUUCCAGGAAGGCCAAGGUGCUGCUGGUGGUCGACGAGCCGCACACCGACUGGGCCAAAUGCUUUCGGGGCAAAAAAAUCCUUGGAGAUUAUGACAUCAAGGUGGAACAGGCAGAAUUCUCAGAGCUUAACCUGGUGGCCCAUGCAGAUGGAACCUACGCCGUGGACAUGCAGGUACUUCGGAAUGGCACAAAGGUUGUCCGGUCCUUCAGACCAGACUUUGUGCUCAUCCGACAGCAUGCAUUUGGCAUGGCAGAGAAUGAAGACUUCCGCCACCUGGUCAUUGGCAUGCAGUACGCAGGCCUCCCCAGCAUCAACUCUCUGGAGUCUAUUUACAACUUCUGUGACAAGCCGUGGGUGUUUGCUCAGAUGGUGGCCAUCUUCAAGACACUGGGAGGGGAGAAAUUCCCACUCAUUGAGCAGACAUACUACCCCAAUCACCGAGAGAUGCUUACGCUUCCUACGUUCCCUGUGGUGGUGAAGAUUGGCCAUGCUCACUCAGGCAUGGGCAAGGUCAAAGUGGAAAAUCACUACGACUUCCAGGACAUUGCCAGUGUGGUGGCCCUCACCCAAACUUAUGCCACGGCAGAACCCUUCAUCGACGCCAAGUAUGACAUCCGAGUUCAGAAGAUUGGCAACAACUACAAGGCCUACAUGAGGACAUCCAUCUCAGGGAACUGGAAGACAAACACUGGCUCGGCGAUGCUGGAGCAAAUUGCCAUGUCGGACCGGUACAAGCUCUGGGUAGAUGCCUGCUCUGAAAUGUUUGGUGGCCUGGACAUCUGUGCAGUCAAAGCCGUGCAUGGCAAAGAUGGCAAAGACUACAUUUUUGAGGUCAUGGACUGCAGCAUGCCAUUGAUUGGGGAACACCAAGUGGAGGACAGACAACUCAUCACUGAUCUAGUCAUCAGCAAGAUGAACCAGCUAUUGUCCAGGACUCCUGCCCUGUCUCCACAGAGACCUUUAACCACCCAACAGCCACAGAGUGGAACACUUAAGGAACCGGACUCCAGCAAGACCCCUCCUCAGCGGCCACCUCCCCAAGGUUGUUUACAGUAUAUUCUCGACUGUAAUGGCAUUGCAGUAGGUCCAAAACAAGUCCAAGCUUCUUAAAGCGAUCAGUAGUUAAUUUUCAAAACAGAAAACUUAAGCCAAAAAUAAAAAGAAGAGAAAAGAAAGGAAGGCAGGGAGGGGAGCGGCAGAUGCUCCGCAGUACACUGCUGUGUCCUCUCAGUGCUGACUGGACUGUUUCUCCUAUGCAGUGUCAGCCCCCUGUCUGGUUGUUUACCUGUCCCUGUUUGUGCUUGUAAUGCUUCUACGUUCUUCUGUAUAAUGUGUGGUUCCAGGGCUGUUUGUUAACAGUGUACAAAAGAAUCGUGCCUCUCUUAAGUCCAGUGGGACUGUUUUCUGGGUGGUUUGAUCGUGUUUUUAAAGCAUCACAUUAUGAGGGGUGAGGUCCUAGCCCUGGGGUGGUUGGGAGAAACAGCCACUACAAAGAGGCCCAGCUUCUCUCCUCUUCCCUCAGGCUCAGCCUCACCUUCUCGCACUUACCUCCACGAGUGCUUGGGUCUUCAUUGAACUGUGUUUAACUUCCUCCCUGCAUGACUAGGGUAAAUAGAUAGCACUUCUAAGAGAUUUCCAAGGUCUACUUUUCAUAGUUCCACCCAGUGAACUUGAAGGCAUCCAUCUCUUUCUCUAUUCGCUACAGUCUGGUGCAGUUCGAGUGUGUGUGAAUAAGCUGGCUGUGCCUGUAGAGCUCUUGUGUUUUUAGUGACGAAAUACAAAGAACCAGCUGCUUUCAGGAAUGUGUUCCAUAAUUUAUACCCCGUGUACCCUUCGUUUUUACUAUUAAUUAGCUACAAGAUAAAAAAAAAAAAUAAGGGGCCGCCGAUGUGCAAUAUCUAAGUGAUCUCGUGUUUUCCGUAUGUUGAUCUCAGUGCCUGCAGUUGUUUCUUUGUUGCUGUUUCUAAGUUGGCUGUGUGUGCUUCUGUGGAACUAGGCUGCCGUGUAUUCCUCAAAGCUUGACUUAUAGACAGAGCUGAUUCUCCAGCAGUGUUGGACAGAGAACACAGGGAGUGCCCAGUCUCAAUAGUCUCAGAAGGUGACCAUUCCCCAGGCUUCUUAGCAUGAGACCAGAUCAAAUAUAUAUGUCUCCUGCCACCUGAGGGGGUGUUCUGCCUAUAUAGCUCUGGGCCUGACCGCCUUAGUUCUCAGCCUUUGACCUCUUUGGAGACCCCAAACCAGGGAGCUUUCUGGAAAAAACCCUGCUUGAGAUGUAGGUGGCAUGUUGGGCUGAGGCACGAGGCCUUGGAGAACCAUUGCUAGUUUAUUUGUCCUUCCUUGUGACAAGGAGCCCUGGACAGAUGACCUAGUUGUUAAUUAAGCCAGAAUUUGAGAGUCAGUACCUCAUCUUGCCAUCUGUGGGCAAGGCUGGGAAUGGUUCCGAGUCACCUUCUCUAGUCCCCAGCCCGUACGGAAGCUCACGGCAUCAGUCUGCCUUUUAGAAGAAAUGCUUCUGGCUCUACUGUUACAUUCCCCACCUUUGCGGUGACAUGGCUGGGUUCUGGACUACCAGGUCUGAGGAGUGAGCAGGAUUGGUUAGAUGUCAUUGAGUCAAGGGGCACAUGCCCUGGUUUCUCUUUGGUUUCUGGAAAAUUCUGACACUCUCGAGAAAGACAUACAGUCUAAGUGCCGUCAUCUGUGACCCUUCCCUUAGCUGAAGAUGGUAUUCAGUCAGUUGUAAAUAUACACACAUAUGCAUAUGCACUUCCAGGUAGGUUAAGAAUCAGGACCUUAAACACCUCCUGGUCUAAAGAAAUGUUAGAAGAGAAUACAGGAAUUUCCCAGGAUGGAGGAAUACAUUUUUGUUUGUUUGUUUGUUUUUUAAUUUUUUGUUCAAGUGGUGAGCUGAUGGUGGUAUUGCUUCUCUGCAUGUUAUCAGUGUAUUACAUCCAGGUGCUUUUCAUGUGACAUUUGUGAGCCACUAAUAUAAAGUUGCCAUUUGAAUUCAGUCAGGCUACAGGGUGGUAUCAGCCAAGGCCUCUCAGGUGGGGGUUAGAAGCUGAUUACAGCUCCCACUGCCACUCGAAAGCAGAUAGCAGCACCUGACUAUCACGUGCCCUCAGGCAGCAUGCUAAGGGACAACUCUGUGGCCUGGGGGACACUUUUGUCACAGUGUAGGGUUUCUGUUCAGGUGUUUCGUUCCCAUUUCUUUUCCAGUGUUGUCCCCCUCUUUUGUACUGACCCGGCUGGGAGCCCCUCAGCCAUGCUGGAGAUGUGACAAAGCAUCUCCCUUUUGUGAUUCUCUUGUACAGCUCAAUGUGCAAUAAAGGAAAAGUUAUAUCUGUCUUCA